AUGGGGAAAAGUACUACUAUUGAUUCUUAUUUUAAGAGAAAGAAUAGUGAGUCUUUGCCCUCGUCUACUCCUAAUGUCGAAUUGUCAAAUACUAAGACUCCUUCUUCAAAGUCUCUUAGAAUUAAAAAUAAAGAGGCAGUUAAAGAAGUUGAUCUUGCUUCAUUGGAAAGAAAUCCUGCACUACGUCCUCCAAUAUGUAAACCAUGUGGCAAUGGUCGUCCUGGACUUAAUACAUUUGUUGUUGAGGGAUUUAGAAAUUGGAAAAAGGUUAAUGAUGAAGAAAAUUGUGCUUUUCUACGCCAUGUUGGAAAAAAUGUUAUCUCAAUGCAUAAAAAUGUUGUGAGUUCAUGUAGUGAUCUUAUGAACCAAUAUCAACAUAUUGAGACAUUGGUUGAAAAACUUACUUCUCAGGAGAUUGCAACUAAUCGUUUGAGACUACAAGUUUCUGCGGACAUGACAAGAUGGCUUGCUCUUCAAGGAUGUGCUUUUAGAGGUCAUGAUGAAAGCUCAGAUUCAAUUAUCAAGGAAAUUCUUCAUGUUUUCUCUGAAAAGGUAAAGAAAACAAUACGGGAAGAAAUUUCCAAUGCCAAGUUUUGUCUUAUUGUUGAUGAAGUUAGUGAUGUAUCUAAAAAGGAGCAUAUGGCUAUUGUUUUGAGAUUCGUAGAUAAAGAUGAUUUUAUACGGGAAAGGUUUUUCGGUCUUGUACAUGUGGAAGAUACAAGUGCUAAGACUUUGAAACAAGGAAUACUCAACACUCUUUGUCACCAUAAUCUUGAUAUUCAAAAUAUUCGAGGACAAGGCUAUGAUGGAGCUAGCAAUAUGCGAGGUGAAUGGAAUGGACUGCAGGCUUUAAUUUGCAUUGAGUGUCCAUAUGCUUAUUAUGUCCAUUGCUUAGCUCAUCGGCUUCAACUUGCCUUGGUUGCUGCAUCUCAUGAGGUAAAACAUGUUCAUCAAUUUUUUGAAAAAUUGAACUUCAUAAUUAAUAUUGUUACUUCCUCUUGUAAGCGUAAUGAUGAGUUAAAGGCUGCCCAAAAAAUUGAAAUUGCAAGAAUGAUUGCUAUUGAUGAACUUGAAUCUGGAGUUGGUCUUAAUCAGAUUGGUACUUUGCAUCGAGCUGGAGCUACUCGUUGGAGUUCUCAUUACAAUUCCAUAUGCAGUUUGUUUAAAAUGUUUAAAAGCAUAUGUGAAGUUCUUGACAAUAUUUCUAAUAAAGGAAAGAUAGCAUCACAUCGUGGAGAUGCAGAUAAUGCAUACUCAUCAUUGACAUCUUUUGAUUUUGUCAUCGUAUCGCACCUUAUGAAGGAAAUUAUGGGUAUUACUGAAGUCCUUUGUCAAGCUUUGCAACGAGAGUCUCAAGAUAUUUCAAAUGCUUUACAUUUGGUUUCAACUACAAAAGAGUCCCUUUAG